GAGUGUAAGAAUAAACUCUGGCGUCGCCCAUAAAUUAAAAAGGUUAUUUGAAGUUGAUUAUUUAAAAUUAUUAAGGAACAAAUUUAUUUCAUCGACCUUCAAGCAUUUCUUUGAUCACCAUAAAAAUCAUUGCCAAUUUGCUAGUUAUAAUCAUACGGAAGUUUCAUACAGAAUUACUAAGUACUCUUAGCGCUAAACUUACAUCGAAAUCAAAUUUAAAAGAAAAUUUUGAAGAAUAAAGUUUUGUAACUCACAAAAAAUUCCCAACUUAAGUUAUUAGAUUUAUCUUUUAAAAAUCACAUUAUAUCACUACAACUUAAAUAUUGUAAUAAAAAUGAGAAAAUUCAGAAAACAUAAGCAUAUAUAAAAAUAGCAGCAACUAAGAUAAAUUUUUUUUAAAAGAAAUAGUUAUUAAAUCUCUUUAGCUCAAAGUUUUAUUUGUCACGUUCAAAAUAAUACUCUUGUCUUAUGUGAUAGAGCCUUUUACGACUCUAUAAAAACAGUUCCACACACAACUCUCUUCUCUAAAAAAAAACUAAACUAUUGCAUGCUCUCUCCCUCUCUCUUCUCUUUCUCAAUCAAGAAGAUCAUGUCAGGCGUGUGGGUGUUCAAGAACGGAGUGAUAAGGCUUGUGGAGAACCCUAACCAGUCAGGAGCCGACACAUACAGCCGAAGGAAGGUCAUGGUCUAUUUACCGACAGGAGAAGUGGUUUCAUCUUAUUCGAUGCUCGAGCAGAUCCUCCAGAGUCUUGGGUGGGAGAGGUACUUUGGCGACACAGAACUCCUCCAGUUCCACAAACCCUCAUCCAUUGAUCUCAUCUCUCUCCCUAGAGAUUUCACCAAAUUCAACUCCGUUUACAUGUACGAUAUCGUCGUCAAGAACCCUAAUUACUUCCACGUCCGAGACUCCCAUUAAAUCUUCUGUUCUUUCUGUUGUGUGUUUGUUUGUUUGUGUGUUUUUUACAAUUUAGUAUUUGUUGGAUUUUUUCUUUAGUUGCAUGUGCAUGUUUUCUUUUCCGUUGUCGAUGUUGAGAGUUGUGGUGUAACUGUAUGUGAUUGUGGUAUUAUGAAAGUUGAGAUUAAGAAGAGAAGAGUCGAUUUAGGGAGAACUUAAUCAUAACAUGGUUAAGUUUCAUUUUAAUGUUUUCAUCCUUGCAUAAUUCGGUUCCACGAUGAUCUGUUGUAUCGGUGUACACCAUUGUUACUGAAAGAUAUGUUAUUUGGA